AAUUCGACCUUGUUGGGGUGGAUGCGUCUAUUGCCAAUGCUUUUCGUCGCAUCUUAAUCGCUGAGGUACCGACAAUCGCUAUUGAACGGGUAUACGUUUACAACAACACUUCAGUUAUCCAUGAUGAAGUCCUUUCUCAUCGACUAGGGCUCGUACCGCUACACAUCAAUCCGCGAAUCAUGGACGAUGCGCCCACGGAUUACCAAACCAACUCAACGGAUAGAAAUACAAUAGUCUUCACCUUGGAUGUCGAAUGCACCAAUCGGUCCAACGUCAAAGCAGGAGAAACAGAUCCCGAGAAAUUAUAUGUGAAUUCCAACG